AGACGUCACGUGACUGCUUGAGCUGUACAGUGCAGCAUUUUCACAACUAAUCCUCAGACAAACUGAGUACAGAAUAGACAAACAUCAACAUGUUGGAUUAUUUGUUACUCUUCAGUUUUUCUUUGCUUCUGGCUGGUGUGUUUGCGGCUGAUGUUACAGUGUCAGUGAUGACAGGAGAUGACGUUACCCUUAAUCCUAAUGUCAAACAUGAAAUGCAGCGUUGGAAGUUUAAAGGGAUUGAAAUUAAAACUAAUGAUCAAUCCAGAGACAGACUGAAUGUGGAUACUCAAACUGGAACCCUCACCAUCCAGAACAUCAGAACUGAAGACACUGGAGAAUAUAAGCUGGAGAUCAAGACAAGCACAGACAAAAUAUUAAAGCCAUUUAAAACAUUCAAUAUUACUCUCAAUGACCAAGUGAUCACAGUUUCUGUGAUGAAUGGAGAAUCUUUCACUCUACCCACUGGUGUUCAAACACAGCCAGUUAAUGUGAAGUGGACGUUUAAUGGCACAGACUUAACCGACCCGAUGAUCACAAACAUCAGACCCGAACAGUUUGGAGAAUAUAAAGUGGAAAUCAACUGCAGAGAUUUUAUUUUACACAGGACAUUAAGCGUUAAACUCAACGAUAAAGUAGAGUCAGUAUCAGGGGUCGAGGGAGGAACUGUCACUCUGAACACUGAUACACAACCGCAGGCAGAUGAUGUGAUCGAGUGGAAGUUUAAAAACGCUGUCAUAGCUAAAAUGGACAGAAGAAUCCCCUCAGAUUAUUUCCGUAAUGAGAGAUUCAGAGGAAGACUGCUUGUGGAAAUGACUGGUUCUCUUAUCAUCAAAAAGCUCAGAACUGAAGACUCUGGACUUUAUGAUGUAAACAUCAAAAGCAGCAAAUACAUCAAUUACAAGAGAUUCAAUGUUACUGUCAGUGGUUCACAUCGGGAGAAGAUUUGUACAUUAUUAUUUGUACCAGUGAUGAUGUUGUUGAAAGUCCUGGUUUAGCUGCUACAGCAAACGCAAGAUUGACAGCAGCCCUUCAACAGCAAUGGUCCAUAGUCACUGAAUGCAGUAGCAAAAGUAAUGACUUUAAACACAGCUAUGUAACAUUCAACAUUAACAUUCAACAAACUAUAGCAUAACAAGUGCAAGUGCAAACAUGCUUACCUAUUAUAAUAAAAUGUAUACAGCAAAGUCACCACUUAAAGCAAAGUUAACCUGCUUGCUUUUCAAUUAUAAGUCUUACAUUUCAUGUGCAAAUCAUGUUUUUAUUAUUACCAUAAUAACAUUAUUAUUUUUGAUGAAUCGACUAAUCGGAUAAAAACGUAAAUGUUUUUAUAGCUAAAUAAUUACUAAAUUGGGGUAUUCACGUGUAGAAGUGCAAAAGCCACACACUAGUUUUAAUAAUAAAAUCCUCUUGAUUUUGAUAUUUUAAGCCUUAAAUAAAAAGUUUGUGCAGCUUUUAAAUAGUAAAACAUCUUUAAAUAUCAAAAUAUACACAAUUCAUACAAACUCACUUACACUGCAAAAUCCC